AUGGCACCAGACUGGAGACAGACAGCUGCUGAGAAACGUGAUUCAGUCCUCGCCUUGAUCCCUGAGGAAUGGCGUAUUCCAGCACCACCAUCCGCACAAGAGCAAAGAGAUGUUACUGGCAAGUUCAUUCAGCAGUACCUGAAUGCCAGAGAGAUCGAGAUCACCGAGACGGAAGCUACUGAGAUCGUCAAGAAGACCAGUAGUGGUCAGUGGACUGCAGUUGAAGUCACGAAGGCUUUCUGCCAUCGAAGCGCGAUUGCCCAUCAGCUGGUGAACUGUCUCCACGAAAUCUUCUAUGAGGCCGCAAUCGAAUCUGCUCAAGAACUUGACCAUUACUUUGCAAACCAUAAGAAACCUAUUGGACCUCUACACGGUUUGCCAGUAUCUCUAAAGGACCAAUUCCACGUCAAGGGAGUCGAGACUCACAUGGGCUACGUUGGCUGGAUUGGAACCUUUCAAGGUGAGAAAGGCACGGGCAAGGAGAAGGUAUACGAGUCCGAGAUGGUCAAGGAAUUGCGCAGCCUGGGCGCUGUUCUAUAUGUCAAGACAGCAGUUCCACACACUUUGAUGUGUGGUGAGACGACCAACAACAUUAUCGACUAUUGCUGGAACCCUACGAACAGGAACCUUAGUUGUGGCGGUAGCUCUGGUGGUGAGGGUGCCCUGAUCUCGCUGAAGGGUAGCCCUCUCGGCUGGGGCACUGACAUUGGUGGAAGUAUCAGAAUACCUGCUGCGUUCAACGGGCUUUUCGGCUUGAGACCUAGUGCCGGCAGACUGCCCUAUGAGGGAAUGGCCAACUCGUUCGAUGGAGCUCCAAGUAUUUUGAGUGUUGUGGGACCUCUGUCAUCAUCAUCUGCUGGUGUCAAAUUGGCUUUGCAGUCUAUAUUGCAGACUGAACCAUGGCAACACGAUCCACGUGUUCACCCUAUACCUUGGAGGAGCGAACAAGAAGAGGCUGCUAAANAGCUGGCACAGGAGAGGAAGCUCACAUUUGCCGUCUUGAAACACGAUGGACUCUGCGCUCCACACCCUCCGAUCAAGAGAGCCCUGGAAGAAACGGUUCAGAAACUGCAAGCUCUCGGCCACAAGGUCAUUGAAUGGCAACCUCCAAGUCAUGCUAAGCUAGAAGAUAUCUGCACCAAGUCUUGGAAUUACGAUGGUGGUGCAGACGCUGCAAGAGCCUUUGCUCUCAGUGGAGAGGAGCCAAAGCCCAACAUCAUGUUUGAACAAUCAUCCCAAGCCAACGCCACAGACAUUAUGCGAAACCAAGUCAACAAGCGAGAUGCCGAGAAAGAGUACAUGGAGUACUGGAAUUCGACUAGCGAUUUGACGGGCACUGGUCGUCCAGUGGAUGCCAUUAUCAGCCCGCUCGCACCAUUCACCGCAGCUCGUCCUAACAAGUACACUUCAUACAGCUACUCGGUAUGGGUCAAUGUACUUGACUACAGCUCUGCGAUUGUGCCUGUCACUAAGGUCGACAAGAAUGUGGACAAAGCUUACACCGAUUACAAGCCAGUGUCAGAGACCGAUGAGAAGACACAAGCAACUUACGAUCCGGAAAUUUAUGAUGGGGCUCACGUGUCGCUUCAAGUCGUGUGUAGGAGGUUGGAGGAGGAAAAGGUGCUGGCAAUUUCAGAAUAUGUCCAUCAGGCCAUUCAUGCUUGA